AAAGCUUCUGCAUUUUUAAAAUGAGUUAAAUACAGGUUUAGACGGCAACUGCUUAAUUGAUGAUUUUACAGCAAAAACGUGGAUCUAAAAUGUGCCGUUUUGUGUUGCUGUUUGAAAUUCUUCUAGCCUUAUGCUACACUAUUUUAUUUUUUUCUUCAGUGGAGAGUGUAUCAACCUAUUCUGCGAACAGAAAUCAAGGAACAGUUUCUAUCUCUUUAUCACCUAACUUCCCAGGUGUUUACCAGUACACAGUUAAAUGUGCUUUAUCAAAAAUACCGUCCACUGCAGAAACGAACGGCGUAUUUACUGAAAUACAACUGUCAAAUUCUAAUCCGAACGGCAGCAUUAUUUUUCAGUGUUCCCAGUUUGGACGUGCAGUUCCAUUUGUUUGUAAUGACAAGACUAACUCCAGCAUACUGUUUUUAAGCAAAAGUUUUAUUCAAUGUAAAGAAGCACCGGUAGUUUCUGUCCGACCUGGUGUUGUUCGUUUGUUGAAAAAGUCUACGCCUUUCACCCAACAGUUGGGUAUCCUUUUGAGUGACAAUGUGACGGAAUCCCCUGUUGUUGUGACAUGUCAGAAGAAGGGAGAUUCAGAUGUAUCUGUUUCCAUCGCUUCUGUUUCUGUUUUGCCUGGAACAUCGACAGGAGUUAUUUCUGUUUCAAUAACAUCGUUUUCCAGUUCCAAUUCAGUUACCAUCUCUUGCAGAGCACAAUCAAAUAGUGGUAAACAAUAUAUGACAGGAACAUCUGAAGGAGCCAGUUCAAAUAUUUUAUUAAUAGAUGUACAAAUGGCAUUAGAACCUAACGGUGUAAAUUUAUAUAGUUUCCAAUUUCAGGUCCUGUUAUACUUAAAUGCGAUUAGUCGAGAUCUUGAAGUUCUAUGUGGCGUCAAUGUGGCUAAUAGUGAAACACAGGCGAAUAGUUUACUCAGCGAUAACACAUGUGGAAUUGCAUCAAAUAGUGAUGGAAAUUCAAGUAGUUGGACGGUAACACCUUAUCUAAAUGAAUUUAAAGUAUCGUCGACUUCAGCCAUUGAUUCACUUUCACGUUUAUUAACUAUAAAACGGAAUUAUUAUCCAUCAGUUGAGAAUGCUAAUAAAAUGGAAAUAUUAAUUCUAAAAUGUUGUAGUACAACACAAAGUGCCAGUGUUGAUCCUGCAUUUGCAAAUAUUAAAACAACAGCCAGAGUAAAUGUUUUGCUCCAGCCACCUUUAAUUAUCAAUAAAGGUGAUAGUUUGCCUUCAGAUCAAAUAUUUCCCUAUCCUGAUCCUGCUUGGAUAGAAUUAUCACCUUGUCCUUGUGAUCUAACCAAAGAUACUUGUGAUCUUGGAUGUUCGUGUGACAAAUCCUGUCCAAUUAAUCAAUCAGCAGCUAUACUAUCUGGUCUUUUCGGUGGUAAUUAUGAUAUACCCAGCCAGCAUAGUUGUGAUUCAGUAUUCAAAACGCCGGCGAGUCAAAGAAAUUCACUGGAUCUGAUCAACAGAGGCUUUACACGUCAACCAGCAUAUCAUUCACUAUUAUGCCUUACGACGAAUAAUACUUCUGUACUGGGAAAGUAUUAUAAGCCAUUGACACCAGCCAGCAGUCUGACCGGCUUGGUAAAAAAUGCACAGAAUGCAAAAUCUGUUUAUCCAUCAGAUCAAGUGAUUGAUUCAGGAGCAAGAGAGAUGACUGAUGAUGACGACCAAGGAACACAAAAAUAUCGUUUGUAUACUAGUGGGGAUCCAGUGAAUUUACUAUUAGAGCUAGUUGUUAUCACAUCGUCAAAUGAUCCACAAAUUGUUGUCAGUCCGUAUAAUGAUUAUUUAGUUCUACCUAAUGAUAUGAAUUGUGAUUUAGAAUCGAAUAUGCCAGUGGAGUACCUUGCUGAUCGUAGUUUGUACAGAUGUCCUAUACGUUUGUCAAAUAGUCAGUGUCAAAAUGCUGUCAAUACGAAGGAAAAUAUUGGAAACGGUUGGGGACCAAGGAAACUAUGGGAUCGUUUGUUUGCACGUGCCUACUUAAUUGAUGACUUAGUAGUAUCAAAGUAUUCUGCACCAAUAUUUCGUUUACGCAUGAAUCGUUUACGUGAUAAUAUACCGGUACCAACAGAAGUGACCUACUUUUGUUUAAGUCAAAAUGAAGUACAAUAUUUUAUGAUUUCUACUCAGUCAACUGUCAGCGUAGACCAGACUGGUUUUUUCAAUCAUAACUGUACCUAUAAUGAAAUCACCAAGUUGACCACGUGUAUUCCAUUGAAAACUAUCAGUACAACAACAACAACAACCAGUUUAACACCAAGUGUUUGUAAUUGGCAUAACAGUUUCACUUUUCCACCGGAUGUCACCUAUGCAAAUAAUAUAUGUAAUAAUGUUGUAUUAAAAGUGGAUUAUAAAUUUGUUUAUUCUAACGGGAGCAUAGUAAAAGCGAUAGCUCAAGUGUAUUUAGCUAACCUACCUGUAACAACAUCAGAAGUUACUUAUUAUCAAGAAUAUUCUGUUAAAUUUAUACAUACUACUGAAGUAGACAAUGAAGUUAGUACAAAAUUACCAUCACAUUUGUAUGGUUAUGAAAUGAACGAUCUCUUGGUUGUUGGCAAAGUGACAUCUUCAGCUACACAGCGUUUUCUUGUACAAACUGACAACGAAACUAAUAUUCUGUCUGGUACAGUGAGAGCAGGUGUCGAUAUGCUUUGUGAUAAUGCAGUGAAAGAUCAAUUUAAAUUUGGGAUUAAUGUAGCCAGUUCCUGUCGUGUUCUACUUGGUCUAAAUGAUUUUGCAAAUUGUGAAAAAUUAAGAAGUCUGAUAAUUGCUAGAUUGAAUCAGUUCGUGCCAAGUGAGGUAAUUGCAGUUUAUCCACAAGCAUCUAAUACUUUACCAGAAGACUGGGUUUUUAUUCAAAGAAAGGAACCACCUGUACAAACAUCGAAUAAAAUGCAAAAUUCCUCUCUAAUCGGUAUUUGUCCUAAUAUAUCUUCAACGAUAUAUUUGAAGAUAAUUUAUGCCAUUCAAGGAGAACUACAAGGAAUACCGCUGAAACAGAUUAUUUCUGCUUCAAUCGAAUAUUCACAAGAAAAUUGGCAAUUGAUGUGUGAUACAUCUAAUUAUCCAUCCUUGUGUAGAAAUACAAAUACUUCACCGAGUGCACAAAAUUUUUAUUUAACUACAGUAAUUCUCUUCUCUGAAAUCUCUUCACCAAGUGAUGAAGUAUUAAAUUCCACAAGAAAUUGUGAUUCAGAUACAUGUUGGAAUGAUGCAUUCUAUGCUUGGACUGGACUGCAUAAAUUAUAUCAGCAAACUGGUAAAAUUGAACAGACUUUUGAAAUUGGCGUUACAUUAGGCAUAUCAGGUCUUGUUUUAAUUAUAUUCUUUAUUACAAGACCAUUCUUUUGA